AUGCCGAGUUGCCAGCAGCUGCCUUGGCUGUGCCAUCAGGAGGAGGCAGAGGAGAUGCGGCCGCCGCCCACCCGGGUGGACGAGACCCCCGAGGACCCCACUCGCGACAAGACCAACAUGAUCGUCUACAUCAUCUGCGGCGUGGUGGCCAUCAUGGUGCUGGUGGGCAUCUUCACCAAGCUGGGCCUGGAGAAGGCGCAGGGUCCCCAGACGGAGAUGACCGUCUCCAGGACGCUGACGGACCUGCUGAAGCAGCCGGGCCAUGGCCCCUCCGAGCACAUGGAUGGCCUCAUGGGGGGCGUACAGGUCCCGCUGGGCGAGGGGCUGGCCCGGGGGCCCCCCAGGAACGGCACAGGGGGCGGGCGCUGCCCGCGGCUGAAAAAGCCCCCCUGGACCACCGCGGUGGUCGUUCCCCCCCCCCGGGGCCGGCCCCAGGGCCACGGCAAGCGUCUGCCACUGGCCAGCAGCCUGGCCCUGCCGUCCCCUGCCUACGCUGCCUACGCCACCCUCAAGGCUGGAGCCAAGGCCAAGGGCCCCAAGCUGGCAGGGGGCCCAGCCUUCCCGGGGGGCUGGGAUGGGGGCCCCCCCCGUGGCCCCCGCCGGCCCGGCCUGGCCACCCUUCGCCCUGAGGCGCCGCCCGAGGCUUUCGGCCCUGCCACCCCGCUGUACGGCCAGCCCCCCCGGCACCUCGCCACCAACAGCAAGACCGAGGUCACCGUCUGA